AUGGAUGGCUGGCCAUAUGUGGAUGGAAAAGCUUUCCAUGCUUUUCCUCUGCACAGUCCUGGAAAUUAUUGGCAGGCCCUUUCCAUUUGCCAUAAACACGAUGCCCAAGUUGCUUCUAUUCAUUCAAACGAGGAAAAUAAAAUUACAUCAGCAUUGGCUAUAGGUCAGGCAGGUGGAAAUAUUUCUGCGUGUUCUUGGAUUGGACUUCAUUCAGCUAAGAGAGGUUCAAAAGAAAGAUUUUGGGAUGAUGGAAGUAGGGUAGAUUUUGAAAAGCAUGUGGAGGUAGAAACGAAUUUAUUGGUUUAUAUUCUUAAAUUUAAACAGCCUGGAACCCUACCCUUAUCAGAAGACAUAUCCUCCGAUGAUAAAGACAAAGAAUCUCACCAAUGCCAUGAAUGUACAGCUAUUAAUGUAAAUGGACAAUGGAAGGAUUUAAAUUGUGGUGCUAACUGUGGGGCAGUUAUAUGUAAAAAAGAAUGUAGAAAUCCAGAAUAA